CAUCGAGCACGCACUCUCGAGACGACGCGGUUGAACCAUGGCAGGACUUCUACGAGCGGGCCGCGGGCGCGGUGCGCGCCGCGGCGCCAGCGCUUCACCUGCACGCUUUCUCACCAGAGGAGGUCCGCUACGGCGCGCGGCUGUCGGGACGCUCGGUGCCGGAGAUGCUGCGGGCCCUGAAGGCCGCCGGGGUGGGCUCGCUGCCGGGCACCUCCGCGGAGAUCCUUGACGACGGGCUGCGGGCGCGGCUCGGCGGCAACCGCUUGACCUCGGCACAGUGGCGCGAGGUGAUCGCAGCGGCGCACGCCGAAGGCCUGGCGACCACCUCGACGAUGAUGUACGGCCACAUUCGGACGCCCGAGCAGGUGGCCGCGCACCUGGCCCUGCUCCGGGAG